AUGGAUACAGUACAUACGCGCCAGACCACAUUCCGCAUGUACCUUUUCUACAAUCCGCUCGUUGGCUCAUGGCAAAAUCAAUCUUCGUCCACCUCCAUCCUUAUUCGCCCCAGUAUCAAAAAACCGCCUGCCCCUAGCGCGUUUCAGAUUCCUAGCCCCGUCAAACCCUCCGCCGGCGUCAAUUGGAUCGCGCCCAUUUUCGGAAUCCUUGCCCGAUCCACCCUAGUUCGGAAAGGUUGUUUCUGUCCUGUCCCUGUCAGGGAAAGAGAAAAGAUGAGAGAGGAGGAGAAGAAGAAGAAGAAAAAUAUCUCUCGGCUGAUCUGA